AGUUGCUAGAAGAGAAGGGGUUGCUCUGGCGUUGUGGGUGAGAAAUGUGCACAGCAAAAGGAAUGAUCUCAUCACCCUUUGCCCCUGCAAGUCCAGGAGCGCUGCAUGGCAGCCACGCAACCCCAAAGUGCAGAUUGAAGCCAUCGAGGGGGGUGCCCUGCAGAAGCUCCUGGUUAUCCUGGCCACAGAACAGCCCCUGGCUGUCAGGAAGAAGGCUCUUUUUGCUUUGUCCUCCAUGCUGAGGCACUUCCCCUAUGCCCAGCAGCAGUUCCUCAAGCUGGGCGGCCUCCAGGUGCUCAGGAGCCUCUUCCGGCAGAAGGGGAUGGAGCCCCUCCAUGUCCGUGUGGUGACACUGCUCUACGACCUCAUCAUGGAGAAGAUGCUGCUUGAGGACUCCCAGCACGGAGAGCAGAUGGAGGAGAAAAUCCAGCAGUACCAGCAGGUCAGGCUGGUGCCGGCGGUGGUGGAGCAGGGCUGGUGUGCCCUGGUGCCCAAUCUGCUGGCCAUGCCCGAGCACGACACCCGUGAGAAGGUCCUCAAGCUGGUGGGGGUGCUGGUGGCCUUCUGCAGGGAGCACUACCGGGGGGACCCCGCCCUGGGCACCACCCUCAGCCUCCUGCGCAGCGAGUACGAGGAGCUGGCGGCCCAGGAGCAGAGGGAAGGGGACAAGGAUGGCUACUUCAGGGAGCUCCUGGGCUCCAUUAACACCAUCAUCCAGGAACUGAGGUGAACCUGGGGGCUCUGUCCAAUUUCAGGGAAUUCAGGGUGACAGCAAGUUUGGAUGGGCAGACUUUUUGUUGCAGGUGCACUUUGGAAUAAACUGCUGGACUAAAUGAGAUCCCA